AGAAACCUGUUUCUCGACCAAUUAAAUUCGAGAGCCGAGAGUUGAGAGCUGAGAGGGUUUAAGCCAGUGUUUAGGCCCGGCCAAAAAGAUGAUGACGGCUGCUGUGGGCCGUGAGCCCAAGACAUUUCGUGUUUCGACGCGUAACGCGACAGUUCCCUCGUUUCCACAUCUCCAAAUCGCUAUUUCAGUGCGUUCAUUGACCAACGGUCUAUGAGUGAUAGUGAUUCUCCGUCGUGGAGAAGAAUGGGUUUCAAGCACGCCAUGCUGCAGCGCAGUUACGAGCUGUCGCCCUCGCCGGCGCGCAUUUCGCCCACCAACGGAGUCCCGGCCUUGGGCGCCCAGCCACCCCCUCAAGUCACGGACUUUAGCAUAAGCAAGAUCCUGGGAUCCAAGGAGCGCAAACCUGCUCAGGAUGUGGGUACAAACAUACUGGAUCUGUCCAAGAGUAGCAGCAGCAGCAGCAGCAGCAGCUUGAGGAGCACUCAGUCUGGAGGUGGAGCAGGACUCACCAUGCCAUCAUCUCCUUAUGGCGGAGCAGCAGCAGCAGCAGCAGGCUACUCCUCCAUGCUGCCGCCGGAUCUGGUGGCCAUGGCCAAUGCCACCAAGUUCUAUGCCCAGUUCUUUCCGCAUCUCCUGCCCGCCUAUGCGGCUGCUGCAGCAGCAGCGGGAUUGAGCACACCACCCACGUCGCCCUACCAACAACAGCAUGCCCAGAAUUUGCCCAACCAACAGAAACGCUUCUUUGCACCCUAUGUGAUCAAUGGAUCGCAGGCGCCAAUGCAACGGCCAAAGAGCAUCGCCUGCACGCGACCGGAUUGCCUGGAGUGCCUGGAUUACUACCAAAGAUUGCAGGUCACAGGUGGCUACAAGCAGGCCACGCCCCUCAACUCACCCGUCGCCUCCUCCGUGAGCAGUUCCAGUGGCUCAGUGGCCCGACCCGUCAGGGAUCUGAUCAUGAGUGCCGCUGGAGGAGCCACUGGAGGAGGAGGUGCCGCCGCCGGCACCAACAUCUCGCUGACCACCGUCACCAAUCUCAGCCUGAGUUCGCACCAGUCGAGUGCCGUCGGAAUCGGAAUGCUGCCCACGAUGCCGGCAGGUCUGGUCGCCACAACCGUCGGCAGCAACAGUGGAUUAAUCGCAAAUAUUGCUGGCUUCAAUCCAACGGCCAACGAGGAGAUCAGCUACAAGUGCAGGAUAUGCGAGAAGGUCUUCGGAUGCUCCGAAACUCUGCAGAACCAUGAAAAGACGCACAAAUCGCCGCGCUACGAGUGUGCGGAUUGUGGAAAGGGCUUCUCCCAGCUGCGGAACUACAAGUACCACUUGUCCGUUCACCGGGGAACCAAGGAAUUUGCGGCCGAGUGUCCUGAAUGCGGAAAAACGUUCAACGACAAGGGCUACCUAAGUAGCCACCUGAAGAUCCACCGGAACCGAAAGGAGUACGAGUGUCCGUACUGUCCGAAGUCUUUCAACCAGCGAGUGGCCUUCAAUAUGCAUGUUCGCAUUCACACCGGCGUAAAGCCGCACAAAUGCAAUGAGUGCGGAAAGAGGUUUUCGAGGAAGAUGCUCCUCAAGCAGCACAUGAGGACGCACAGCGGGGAGAAACCGUAUCAGUGCUCCGUGUGUGGCAAGUCCUUUGCCGAUCGCAGCAACAUGACCCUGCACCAUCGUCUGCACUCGGGCAUCAAGCCCUUCAGUUGCCCCCUAUGCCCCAAGGCAUUCACCAAGAAGCACCACCUGAAGACGCACCUCAAUUACCACACCGGCUGCAAGCCGUAUGUCUGUCCGCAUCCCAAUUGCAACCAGGCGUUCACCCAGUCGAGCAAUAUGCGGACCCACGCCAAAAAGUGCCAGUAUCGUCCAUUGGACGGGGUCGCCUCCUCCGCCGCCCUUCCAUCGGCGGCCAAGGUACCCAUGCCCAUGCCUAUGGCUCCCACAUUCGCGAUGCCACCACCACCUGGACCGCUGCCAACUGGACCACCACCACCGCCCACUCAGCAAACACUGUUCAGCAAUCUCAGGACAUACUGAACCCAUGGAUCGCCAAACCCGAGCAGUGUCAACCAAAAUUGUAGCACUUACCAAGCAUAGUUCUUCCAUUGUUAUCACUCAUUUUUUAAAUUUUAUAAGAAAUAGAA